GCACUAUAUAAUAAAACAAUGCCACCAUUCAUUACGUGCACACAUGUAAACAACAACUCACUGAACUCAGCAUGCAAAUGCAACCCCCUGCUCUCCCACCCGUGAUGGAGUCCACGGCGAAACUCCUCCUUAUCACGGCGGCGCUACUCUUGCAGCUGCUAACAUGCGCCUCUCCCGCAAAAUCCGCAGCCACCCCAUGCCCUCCAUGCGGCAACACCACCGUACCAUUCCCACUCUCCACCGCCGCCACAUGCGGCGACCCACUAUACAAAAUCCGGUGCGCCACCUCCUCAGGAACUCUGAUGUUCGACACGGUAAACACCUCCUACCCAAUCGAGUCCAUCAACCCGAGAACCCAACGCUUCGUGAUCCAACCCGCUUCCCUCGUGCCCGGCACGUGCGUCUCCACAGACAAGGUCCACGAAGGUAUCCACCUGAACAACACGCUCCCGUUCAACAUCACAAGCUCCAACACCAUUGUCUACCUCAACUGCACCCUCACGCUGCUCCAGUCGCCGCUCAACUGCUCCUCCGCCAGCGCCUGCCACGCCUACAUCAACGCCACCGCUUCCGCCGCCGCGUGUCAAUCCGGUCCCCUCUGCUGCACCUACCGCACCGGCGGGUCCAGCAACUCAUACCAGAUCCGGGUCAGGGACUCGGGUUGCAGAGCCUACUCCAGUUUCGUGAAUCUCGACCCGGGUUUACCCGCGAACAGGUGGCCCCGACCCGGGUUGGAAAUUCAGUGGGUCUCGCCUAAGGAAACGGUUUGUGGGUCCCAGGUGGAUUGUGAUGCUGCCACGUCGACUUGUGGGCCAGACUCUUCCUCUGUGAACGGGAUCAAGAGGUGUUUCUGUAAUAGUGGGCUUGUGUGGGACCCUAUUCAAGGGGUGUGCGCCAAAAAAGUUACUUGCCAGAGUCCUGAUGGUUGUGAUGACUCAACUAACAAAGCAGCUCUAAUAGCAGGGUUAACAUGCGGGAUUGGAGGAGCACUCAUCCUUGCCACCAUUGCCAUCCUGCUCUUCAAACGCCACAAACGCAUAAAAGAAGCACAAGAGCGCAUAGCUAGAGAGCGUGAAGGAAUUCUGAAUGCCGGAGGCGGGGGCAGAGCCGCCAAGCUUUUCACUGGCAGAGAGAUCAAGAAAGCCACCAAUGACUUCUCCGGCGACCGUCUUCUUGGCAUUGGCGGCUACGGCGAAGUGUACAAGGGCAUUCUCAACGAUGGCACCGUCGUGGCUAUCAAGUGUGCUAAGCUCGGAAACGCCAAAGGCACUGACCAAAUCCUCAAUGAGGUUCGUAUCUUGAGCCAAGUCAACCACCGCAACCUCGUCGGUCUUCUUGGUUGCUGCGUGGAAUUGGAGCAACCCAUCAUGGUUUAUGAGUUCAUAGAAAAUGGGACACUUCUUGAUCACUUGCAGGGUCUAAUUCCCAAAGGUCGUGCUUUAAUAACGUGGAUUCACCGCCUUUCCAUUGCUCGUGACACAGCUGAAGGGCUUGCUUACCUUCACUUCAUGGCUGUUCCCCCAAUAUACCACAGAGAUGUUAAGUCCAGCAACAUUCUGCUAGACAUGAAGCACAGUGCCAAGGUUUCAGAUUUUGGGUUAUCGAGGCUGGCUCAGACUGAUAUGAGUCAUAUCUCCACUUGUGCUCAGGGGACCCUCGGGUACCUUGAUCCUGAGUAUUACAGAAACUACCAAUUGACUGAUAAGAGUGAUGUUUAUAGCUUUGGGGUGGUUUUACUUGAGCUUUUGACAGCUCAGAAGGCGAUAGAUUUUAACAGGGAAGCGGAUGAUGUAAACUUGGCAAUUUAUGUGCAGAGAAUGGUGGAGCAGGAGAAGUUGAUGGAGGUCAUUGAUCCUGUGUUGAAGGAUAGAGCUACUCUUAUGGAGUUGGAGACCAUGAAGGCAUUGGCGUUUCUAGCAUUGGGGUGCUUGGAAGAGAAGAGACAAAACCGACCUUCAAUGAAAGAGGUAGCAGAGGAGAUUGAGUAUAUCAUUAGUAUUGCCACGGCGAAUGAGGUGGAGAAGUAGUUUGUUUGUAUGUUAAUACUCGUCUAAUGGUGUUCAAAUAAUUUUCUUUGAGCUUGUGAUUGUGUUUAUUGUUGUGGAGCUGAAUCUAGAGUUUUUAGGCUCUUAUUUUGUAAAUGUAUAUUUUUUACUGGAUGAGAAGAAAUAUGAUUUGGAAAUUUGAAUGGUAAA